AUGGGAAAGGGAAGCUGCUACUGUGGUAAAGUCUCCUUCACAUACGAAGGCGAACCUCUAAACAAGGCAAUCUGCCACUGCACCGACUGUCAAAAGAUCUCCGGCUCUGCCUAUUCGACCAACAUAAUCGUUUCAUCAAAAAACUUUUCCGUUCAAGGAACGCCCAAGAAAUACUCCGCCAAGGCCGAUUCUGGAAGAACGGUCACUACGGUGUUCUGUGGUGAAUGCGGAAGUCCGUUGUGGAGAGAAGGUGAUAUGAGUGAGGCGGACGGGAUAUUGGUCGUGAGAGUGGGGUGUUUGGAUGAUAAAGAUGCGGUGACGGAAUCAAAGCCGUUGAAUGAGCUGUAUACGUCUGGAAGAGCUGGUUGGUUGGGUGAGAUGGAAGGAACGAAACAGCUUCAUCAUUUCUUCUAG